AUAACAUUAAAACUAAAGACAUGUUACAUUCUUUGCCAAAACAUUCUGGCAUUUAUUUUAUUAAGGACAAUAUCAAUAACUUGCAAUUCAAAAUACAUUUUCGUUCCAUAAAUACACUACUCACGCUACCAAAGUACAAUGUGCCAGAACACAUCAAUAACGAAUUGUUCAUCUCAAGAACUACAAAUGAAAAUUCUGUACCAGAUGAUAGUAAAACUGUGCUCCUCAAAUGGCAACAAAAACUAUUCAGUGCAAGCGAAUGCGAAUUGUACAGUGAUCUGAAAAACUGUACCAGUGAACAACAGAAAAAGUACCAUGAAAUGUUAAAAGAAAAGGAUCGAAAUAAAAAACAAACAAAAAAGAAACGUCACCGUAAACAGGCCAAAACGGAGAGUGAAGAUGCAAAUAUCAAGGGAAAUUUUAUAUUCACGUAUGUGCACGAAGAUAAUUUCUUGCCAACCAACGAGCUAGAUAAGAACAUGAGCGGAAAAAUGAAACAACAUGUGGAUGAACCUUUUGAACAGAUGUUUGUUUAUGCAGCUCUUAAAUCGGAUACUCAAUUGGUUGUCCUAAGAUGGUUCAAUAGGGAUAAACUUCUUUACAUAUAUCCAGAUUUUACGGAUUUGCAAAAUAAGCCUUAUUUUAUAGAGAUUAAUAGUGAUUACCGACACCUGUAUUCGUAUGGCAUUGAAGAUGCUUCGUCUAAAGCACUUUCACUACCAACCGAGCAAGAACAGUUUCUAUAUCUACCUGUACUUUCAACACAUUGGCGUAUAGAAGAUGAACUUGGGAAUAAAUUUGCCAUGCCUCCGAAAAGAACUCAAAGAUGUGCCAUACUCUUUACCAUUAAUGAUGUUACCGGUUUUGAGUAUGACAAUGUCCAUGUUCGUUAUCAUGUACAACUUCCCGAAAACACAAUUCUGGAAGAGGGUCUAAUAGAUGCCACGUCACAUACUGCAGCAAAUUGUGCAGCUAACUCUUCCGUACACAUUGGUUUAACUUGGCAAAUUACUUUACUGUGUGAAGAGCAAUUUGAUCCUUCUCAACAUUUGCGUAUAUUUUUCGAAGUCAUAUCGAUUGAUUCAUGGGAACGAGAACGUGUCGAAGGCUUUGCUCACUACUACCUUAACGUUUUGGAACCCUGUCAUGGUACCAUCAAACUAAAUUGUAUUCGUCCCGUUGAAACGCUUUUAGAAUCCAUUAAUCGUUACUUUAUUGGAGGCCGCCGAAAAUUUAACUAUGAGCGCUUUGUUUGUGAACUUUCCGAGGAUAAAGAGGCAGAGGCUGCGCCUAAUUUUCAUUGUCGGUAUGGUGGACGCAUGCAAAAUUCCGGUCAACUGAGUUUAUCCUGUCAAAUGUUGACACAACGCAACUGUGAACUGUUAAAUCCUUGUUUGAGUCGCACAAGUGGUAUGACUUUGGAUGACAUUAUGCUGGCGUAUAAGGAGGCAAGAAGAAGAUUAGAAGCGGUUGCAUUAAAUUAAACUG